UUGGUAGCUUAUGUCGGGUCCUAGGCUACGGAGAAGGUGUCAAGGAUUUAAAAUUAUAUCCUGUCGUCGUCGACAAGUCCUCGUUUCUCCGAGGAGAUGGGAGAUGUCACUGAGGAGGCGUUGCUGAGCUACAUUUAUUCUGUAGGUGGUAGAGUUAAAAACGCAGAUAUAUUAAAAAAGUAUAAACCCUUCAUAAGCCAUAACGACCUGGAACUGCGGGCAAAAUACAGAGAGGAGUUCAAAGCCAUCAUCGACCGCAUCGCAGUGGUGAAAUCAGAGAAUGGAGAGAAAUAUCUGGUGUUGAAGAAGCGCUAUCGGCAACAGCUUCAGGACAAGGAGAGACAUGAUGGUCAAACAUCACCGGCCACCUCCUCCUCCACCACCUCCUCCUCCUCCUCCUCUCCAGACGAAGAGAGGACCUCCUCCUCCGCAGGUCUCUCCUCUCAGGAGGAGCAGCAGAGCCCGGCCUGCGAUGGGGAGGGCCGUCUGGGUCAGGCAGACUCGAAGGAGGAGGAGAGGUCGAGAGCCGCUGCGGCUGUGGCCUGGGACGCACCCACAGUCACCAUCACCGUGACUGAUGAGCAGGAAGGAAACUCAGAUUCAGGUGUGGAGAGGGAGACGGGCAGCCUGAGCGCUCAGGUGACCCCAGAGGUCACGGACGCCGAGGACGAGGUAGACAAGGAGUCAGGCUCAAAGUCAGACCAGGAGUCAGAUCACGAAGAGGAAUGUGGGGAUCACUCUGUAGCGCUGGACCCUGUGGAGAAGGAGUGGCUGUACUCGGCGGCCUGCGCUCAACUCUCCCACCUCACACACCUGCUGGAGAUGGAGCCCUCACUAGCCAAUAAGAAGGAUUUCACCUCGUUCACGGCUCUGCACUGGGCCGCUAAGCACGGCAAGGAGGACAUGACCAGAGCCAUACUGGACGCAGGGGCAGACGUCAACUCUAGAGCUGGCUACACUCCUCUUCACAUCGCCGCCUUGCAUGGCCAUCGACACAUCAUGGACUUGCUCAUAGGAACCUAUGGAGCAAAGGAGAACCUGCGGGACUACAGCGGACAUUUUGCCAACUUCUACGUUAGCGUAAGAGACUCGACGGAGGAGGAUACUGUUCUACACGUCCCGGAGUGUCACGGCAUGGCGCAGGUGAGCGAGCGUAAGAACAGGAAGUUGGUGUCGUUGUUCCACUCCAAGAAGAAGUGGGGCUCCGCGGAGGACCUGGCCCCCAUCGCAGAGGAGCGCAGCAGCGCCAGCGCCACGCCCCACCAGCUCAUGCUGCCCGCCUUCCGGCCCAGGAAGUUCUCCCGCUAAUAGAGCUCGAAAGUGACAUCAUAUCCUCAGCAUCCCAGGAAGUUCUCACGCUAAUAAAGCUCGAACGUGAUGUCAUAUCCUCUGCAUCCCAGGAAGUUCUAUUGCUAUUACAUUCAAAUUUGCAAAAACCAUAAUGUUCAACUUAAUACCAAUACUUCACAGGCCCUUUUCUCAGUUUCACUGUUCAGUUUCAGUGUACCGCACUUUGUCUUUGUAGGGCAGAAUAAUCCAGGAUCAACCCGCCGGCCAGCAGCCCACAUCAAAGUACAAAGUACUACUACUACUACGACACACACACAAACACACACACACACAUACACAAACACACACACACACACACACAUACACACACACACACACACACACACACACACACACACACACGUUUGGAGGAUGUACUCCCAACACGACAAAUCACUGGUGUGCGUACAUUGACCCAUAGUCUUCCUCACACCCAGUAUUAGUUUGUCAGUUCAGAGACACUAACUGAUUUUUAUUAUUAUUUCAAAUAAAACUUUAAGUUCAGAAACAUAUCACAUCAAAGUACCACACACACUUGUAUGAUGUAUUCCCUCAUAGACGUACCAUAUAAAAACCAAGUAAUACCAUAUACUGUACAUCCAGUACUAGCUCGUUAGUUCGUUAGUUCAGAGUUCGGUAUCAUGCAACAUUAACUGGGUAGUUCUGUAAUAAUUCAACUUUGAAUUAUUGAAGAUGUGGGAAUGUCUACAGCAAACUGAUCUGUGCCAAAUCUAUGCCUUUUAUAUUGAUCAGCUGUUACGCCAUGGUCCUCAGGACUUUGCAGAUAAACAAAAUGGCUGAACAAAAUCCACACAGAUUUCAAUGCCUUGUCUUGGAUGUCUAACACCCAGUAAUAUAUAUAUAUAUAUAUAU